CAAGUUGGAAAGUGAUCUCUUUUGGUGUGUGUGUGGAAAUUGAUUAAUUAUUCAUUUGACUUCUCCAACUGUUUCUCCUUCUUACAGAUUCUACUUGGUGUUUUGAUCACUAAAGAGUCAAAUUUAAGCGCAGCAUAGAAUUUCUCAUACAAAUUGAAAAAUCAAUCUGUGGGAGGUAAAGGGGAAAUGGCUCACGCUGCCGUCGUGUCUCUUCAACAAAAACUGCAGCAGAUGCUGUUCCUGCAGGCUAGGUUCCCAUUGUUUGACAUGAACUUUAGGUUCCUAUGCAGAGUGGUCAGUACCUGGCAUGCUUUUCUGGAGGACUCUUUGUCGAAAAGAAAUGCUCCAGAAGCAGUGGAACAUUUGGAAAGUCGGGUUAAAUAUUUGGUACCUCAACUUCUAGACUGUAUCCACUUAUAUGAAUUGGAAAAGAGAUCACCUAAUUUCAAUCGAGUAGGUUUGAAAGUGUUCCAGGAUGAGUUAGUGACUGCAGCUUCUGAUAGCAUAAAGGAAUAUCUGAUGAAGGUUAUGAAUGGUCCGAAUGACAUUGAUGCGUUGUCAACAUGGAAUACUGUGGAGAGUGAUUCAGAAUACACUCCUUAUCUCCAAGCUACUGUGUUAGACCUUGAUAAUGACUUAAUGACUAUUAAAUCUCGGCUUAUAGGACCUCCUUCCAAGCUAGAUGUCGUCUCUAUUGUUGGCAUGGGAGGAAUUGGCAAAACGACUCUUGCUAGACAAGUUUAUGAUGAUAUUUACAUGGAGCAUCACUUCUACAUUCGUGCUUGGAUUACUGUAUCUCAAAUGCAUCAACAUAGAGAAAUGUUGUUGGGCAUUUUGCGGUGUUUUUCAAUGGUCAAUGACAACACCUACCUAAAGAGUACUGAGCAAUUGGCAGAACAAGUUUACAGAAGUUUGAAAGGAAGGAGAUAUCUCAUUGCAAUGGAUGAUGUGUGGGACACCAAUGCAUGGGAUGAUAUAAAAAGAUCUUUUCCAGAUGAUAAAAAUGGAAGCCGUGUCAUACUUACUAGUCGGCUAGCAAAUGUGGGUAUCUAUGCUAGCUCAGGCAGCCCUCCUUAUUACAUGCGGUGCCUAAGUGUGGAACAGAGCUUGAAGUUGUUUAAUUUAAAGGUGUUUGGAAGGGAGACUUGCCCCCUUGAACUGGAGAAUGCUACAAAGCAAAUAGUCGAGAAAUGUCGAGGACUACCACUAGCAAUAGUUGUGGUUGCUGGAUUUUGUUCCAAGAUCAGCAAGACAGAAAGCUGUUGGGAAGACAUAGCACAUAAAACUGGUUUGAUUGUGAGUAGGGACACAGAAGAAUGCCUGGACUUACUUGCCUUGAGUUAUAAACAUUUGCCACAUCACUUGAAGCCAUGCUUCCUGUAUAUGGGAGUUUUCCCAAAAGAUUUUGAAAUUAGUGUUUCAAGACUAAUCAAGCUUUGGAUUGCUGCGAAAUUUGUAAACUGCACACCUGAAAGGGACUUUGAAGAAGUUGCUGAGGGAUACUUAAGAGAUCUUAUAGAUAGAAGUCUAAUUUUGGUUAAGAAAAGGACCUCAAGUGGCAUGGUCAAAACAUGUGAGGUUCAUGAUCUGUUGCAUGAUUUAAUCAUACGAGAAGCAUGGAAGGAGAGAUCAAUCUACUUUACUAAAUCAAAUGUAAUUCUUUCUCCACCAGUGGCAUCUUUUGAGCAUCGCAUCAUUUUCAAUUUCCGCAGAGUCCCCAUUGAGAUCUUUAGAGAAAUAUCUUUUGGUGAACCUUCGUCACUUCCUGAUGCUAGUUCCUUUAUUUGUUUUGGAAGAGAUGGAACUCCUGGAUCCUGUUCUCAGGUCGAUUCGUUUAUCACUUUUACUAACUUCAAAUGGUUAACAGUAUUGGAUAUAUGCUUUCAGCCAUUUGACCAUCUACCAUCAGAAAUAUGGCAAUUAUCUACGCUGAGGUAUCUUGCUCUUGCCAAUUUUAGUGUUCUCCCUCGAUCAGUGUGCAAUCUCCUGUGUCUUCAGACGCUAAUUCGUUACAAUCACCAGGAUAGUAUUUGUUUGCCGGCAGAGAUAUGGAAGACUAAACAAUUAAGGCAUCUCUAUUUCAGGAAAUACUGCUACUUUCCUGAAGUUCAACCUGAACAAAAAGAUUAUCAGGGCAGGUCUAGUCACUCUAAACUUUCAUUAACCAAACUGCUAACCUUUUCUUAUCGUCUGGGCCAGUCUAGUCGCUCUAAUCUUGCAUUAACCAAGCUACAAACUCUCUCUUACAUUACCUUUGGUAGUAUUAAAAGGCGCUUCUUCAAAGACAUGCCCAACCUGAUGAAGUUAGGGAUUCGCGAACAUAAACAAGAGUGCUUGACGGCUGAACAAAUGUCUGGAAAUCUCAAGCAGCUGGUUCUGUUGGAGCACCUUGAAAGACUUAAGUGUUUCUUUAUCAAACCAUGGAUACUUAAACAAUGUGAUGUUUUCCCACCAACCCUCAAGAAAUUGACAUUGCGGGGAUGCCAAUUGCCAUGGAACCAAAUGGCUAUACUGUGCAAGCUACCCAAACUUGAGGUGCUCAAGCUCAAGUAUUAUGCUUUCCAAGGAUCAGAAUGGGAGCCAACUGAAGAACAUUUUCAGCGGCUAAAAUUCCUACUGUUGGAUGGGACUGAUCUUAUCCAUUGGAAAGCCAGUUCAAUUCAAUUCCCUAAGCUUGAGAGUCUUGUUCUGAAGAACUGUUGUUGCUUGUAUGAGAUUCCUGAUGAUGUAGCGUAAAUACCUACACUGCAGUUCAUUGAAUUGUAUCACUGUAGCUCUUCUGCUGACGACUCGGCUAAUAGGAUUCGAGAAGAACAAAUUAGUAUGGGAAAUGAUGAUCUUGUGGUACGGAUCCACAAAUUCCAUAACUUUGAACCCUAAGGCUGCCUGCAUUUGUUUGAAAUUGGGCGCGCCCCCUCGACAAGCAAGGAGGCUAAUGCAGAGAAAAGUCAAUCUUUUCCGAGAAUGAUUCAUCAACUUUGUUUCUUUUGGGAUGAUACAAUAGCGGACCUACGUAUUGAAGAGUGGUGGAACCACGUUUGUCCAAGGUUUGCUGGAAAAUUACAAUGUGUAGAUAGGUAAGCUGGAUAGCACGGAGACAUGAUUUUCACUAAGGGGGUGCAAUAUCUGUUGUAGAACAUAAAAUGUAUUUGUCACCUUGUAUAUUGUGUAAUUUUCAGACAAAGGGGGUUUGGAUGAAACUCUUCCAUCCCUCUAGCUCCGCCCUAAGGAUAGGCUUGGACAACCUCUCAAA